GCGUACAUGGCGGCAGAGCUUGCUAUCGCCUUUCUCUCCGCGGCUGGCAAUUUGCUGGUCUGCGCUGCCGUGGGCCUCAACCGCAAGUUACGCACCGUCACCAACUACUUCCUGGUCUCGCUUGCAGUCGCUGACAUCUGUGUGGGCGCGGUCGCCAUUCCCUGCGCCAUCCUGACCGGCCUCGGCUUGCCACGUCACAAUCUCUACCUGUGUCUGCUCAUGUUGAGCGUUUUAAUCAUGUUGACCCAGAGCUCCAUCUUCAGCCUGCUGGCAGUGGCUGUGGAGCGCUACGUGGCCAUCUUCAUGCCCUUCCGCUACCAGGUCCUGAUGACGUCUCGCAACGCUGUGUUAGUGAUCCUGACCACGUGGCUGCUGGCCUUUCUCAUUGGGCUCGUGCCUCUGAUGGGCUGGCACAAGACACCACCUGAUUUGGGCUACUGUUUCUUUGUCUUGGUGGUGGACAUGACAUACAUGGUCUACUUCAACUUCUUUGCUUGUGUGCUGACCCCCCUGGUGAUCAUGUUUCUCAUCUAUGCCCAAAUCUUUGUCACCGUCAAGCGGCAGGUGAGGCGCACCGCAGCCGAGCAAAGCGGCAGAGGGGAGGGUCAAGCGAGGGAGGCAGCCAGCAUGCGCCGAGAGGUGAAGACUGCUACUUCACUUUUUCUGGUUCUGUUCCUCUUCACAAUCUGCUGGAUCCCGCUCCACAUAAUCAACUGCUUCCUGCUGCUCUGCCCUCGCUGCCCCAUGCCACUAGAGCUGCUGCUAACUGCCAUCAUCCUGUCACAUGCCAACUCUGCUGUCAACCCCUUCCUGUAUGCGUACACAAUGACAGCUUUCAGGGACACCUUCAAGGCAAUUUUCUUGUGCUGCAGGAUGGUGGAAGACAGAGAGGCUUCAAAUAUAGCCAGUGGUGUUGACAGAGAGGGCGCAAAUGUCCGAAAAGCGCGCCGGACCUGA